CCCCUGACCCUUCUUGGCCUCCGGGCCCACCACCACCAUGCCGCUGCUGGAAGCCUUCUGGGCCUGCUUCCGCAAGAUCAAGUGUUCCCCAUUUCUGGAGGGCAAGAAAGCGGAAGCCGAGGUGAAGAAAGCUUGUUCCUGGCUUCGGGCGGCGGGAUUCCCCCAGUACGUCCAGCUUUACGACGACUCCCAGUUCCCGCUGGACAUCGAAUCUGUGAAGAGGGACCACCCUUUUCUGGAUCAAGACUCCCUCCGCGCGCUCUGCAGGAGGCUCAUGACCCUGAACGCUUCUGCCUCCAUGAAGCUGGAGGUGAGAUUUCAGCACAAGAAUGAGGCCUCGCAGGAGGACUUGUGCAUCAUCAGUGACCACCGGGCCCGCCUCGGCCCCUCGGCCCCGCCGAGCCCGGGCUUGCGGGCGGCGUCCAGCCACGAGAGCGUCCUCACCACCCUGAGUACCGCCUCCCUGCCCAGCCAGGCCAGCGGCGGCCCCCUCCUCCUCGCCCCACCGGGCCCGGCGUGCCGCCGGCCCGGGAAGGCCCGGCCGGGCAGCUUCCUCCGCCGGCUGGAGUCCCUGAGGCACCGGGAGAAGCCCGGCCGGGCCUCCCCGCCGCCUGAGAGUCGCCCCCGGGGCACCGUCCAGGUGGGGCCCGGGGGCGCCCACCGGGUGCACGUGCCCGGGGACCACAAGCCGGGCACCUUCCCCCGCUCCCUGUCCAUCGAGAGCCUGUGCCCGGAGGCCGGGCGGGCCCUGGAGGACCGACACCUUCCGGAGGCCCGGGCCCGCCGGGACUCGGUGGGCAGCUGUGCCAGCCUGUACGACAAUGUGGCCUGCGGGCAUCAGCAGCCGGACGAGGAGGAGGAGGAGGGCGGCGGGGAUGCCCCUCUGGAUGCCAUCCUGCAGCACGUGCGAGGGCUGCAGCAGCGGGUGGAACUGUGGGCGCGGGCCGUGUGCCCGGAGCUGGACGACGACGACGACGACGACGAGGGCACGGACUCGGGCGGGGAAGCGGCCUUCCCUCCCGGCCUGAGCCCGGAGGACGAGCGGUCCGGCUCGGACGCGGGCACUUCGGCCAGCGACUCCCUCACCGAGGCCGAGGACGCCGAGCGGCGGGACUCCGGCGUCGGGGCCUCGCUGACCCGGCCCUGCAGGAAGAUCCGCUGGCACAGCUUCCAGAACUCGCACCGGCCCAGCCUGGGAUCGGCCUCCCUGGAGCUCAGCUGUCGGUCGUGCGCCCAGAUCAACCUGCUGCAGAAAUACUCCCUGCUGCGCCUCACCGCCUUCUUGGACAAGUUCUCCGCCGCCCCCGGCCGCGGCUGGGCCUGGUCCGUCCCCAAGUUCAUGAAGAGGAGUAAGACCCCGGACUACCGAGGCCGGAGCGUGUUUGGCGUCCCCCCCAUAGUCCACGUGCAGCGGACGGGGCAGCCCCUGCCGCAGAGCAUCCAGCAGGCCAUGCGCUACCUGCGGGGUCAGUGCCGCCAUCAGGUGGGGGUUUUCCGCAGAUCGGGGGUGAAGUCCCGCAUCGAGGCCCUGCGACGGCUGAACGAGGCGUCCCCGGACCACGUAAGCUACGCGGGCCAGUCUCCGUACGACGUGGCCGACCUGCUGAAGCAGUACUUCCGAGACCUGCCCGAGCCCCUCUUCACCAGCAAGCUGGGGGACAGCUUCCUGCGCAUCUACCACGACGUCCCGAAGGAGCACCGGCUGGCCGCGGUGCAGGCGGCAGUCACCCUGCUGCCGGACGAGAACCGGGAAGUCCUGCAGACGCUGCUCUACUUCCUGAGCGACAUGGCCCGGGCCCAGGGCAACCAGAUGACCGCCGGGAGCCUGGCCGUCUGCCUCGCCCCUUCCGUCUUCCACCUCAACGUCUCCAAGAAGGAGGGCACCUCGCCCAGGGCCAUCCCCAAACGCGGGACGGCGGGAAAACCGGCCCAGAGGGACUUGAAUGACAACAUGGCAGCCACCCAGGGCCUCUCCCACAUGAUCAGCGACUGCAAGAAGCUCUUCAAGGUCCCCCAGGACAUGAUGCUGCAGCUGUGCCAUUCCUACGCCGCCAGCCCGGGGCCGGAGCCGGGGGGAGAGUCCGGCGGUCCCCCCGGGGCCGGGGCCGGCCACCCCGGCUUCCUCCUGCCCGGGGACGGGGCGAGCCAGGAGGACCUCCUGGAGGCCAGCGUCCAGGACCUGCUCUGCGAGGCCGCCGAGCGCUUCAAGGGUUGGAUCAACGUCCCCGGCCCCCGCAACACCCAGCUGGCGUCCAAGAAGGUGCGGGACGGGGCGGCCCCGCGCCGCGCGUGGAAGGCCUCGUCGUCGGUGCGCGCCAGUCCGGGCGCCGUGCUGCAACGCGUGCUGCGGGAGCGGGCGCUGUGGGACGAGGACCUGCUGCGGGAGCGGGUCCUGGCCGUCCCGGGCCCCGACACCGACCUCUACCACUACGUCACGGGCAGCAUGGCCCCCCACCCACACCGAGACUUCCUCGUGCUGCGGCGCUGGCGGUCGGACCUACCGCGGGGAGGCUGCCUGUUGGUGUCGACGUCCCUGGAGCCCGGGACCCCCGUGCCCCCGCUGCCCACCCUGGAGGGGGGCGUGCGGGCCCUGCUCUUCACCUCCCAGUACCUCAUGGAGCCCUGCGGGCCUGCCCUCACCAGGCUCACCCACAUCUGCCGAGCAGAUUUGAGGGGUCGCUCUCCCGACUGGUACAACAAAGCAUUUGGGCAUCUCUGCGCCACCGAGGUGGCAAGGAUCCGGGACUCCUUCCCAGCCGCCCAGCCCGGCCGCCCCAGCGCCAAACCCUGAGCCGGGGCCGCCGCACCCCGGGAAGACCCGAGUCGGCCGGCCUUGGGACCACGCUUUGCCCGCUCCAGAGAGACGGUGGGCACGGCUCCCUGACCCGCCGGGCAGCAGAUGUUCCGGUGGCGUGGGGCCUUCCGCAGCGGGGAGAGCCUCCGUCUCCCCCCAGACGGAUCCCACCCCGCUACGUCGAGCAGUGGCCGGGCCUCUCCCUGUGCCCGGCGUGCCAGCUGGGCCCCCUCUCCACCCCGCUACCAGGGUGUGGAACUGUUGCGUCUUCUCCUAGAGACCCCUGCGGCCCUGGGAAAGGAGACGUAGGCCUGCCAGGGCCCAGACUGGGCCUCAUCUUGCCUCUCUCUCCGUCCGUGGGGACCCCCGGGGGGGCUCUAGCCACGUGAGGAGGACCGCAGCUCUCAGGAGUUGGUUGGGGGGGCCUUUCCCCGCGUCUCCCCAUCGGCGGCCCCCUCCUCGCCCCGUCCCAGACACAGACUCGGCUUCCAGUUUGAGUCCACGCCCCGCCGGCCCCUCUCCGCUCAGACAGGGCCGCAGACCAUGCGGUGACCCGGGACGAGCCCACGCCGACCCGGCUGGGCCCACGGCCGGUCCCCGGGGUGGCCCGGGGAUGGGGGGGGCGGUAGCCCCGCUCUCUUCCGGGCCAAACCGGCUUGUUCUGGAACUCUAAAUAUCAUACAGAGGAAUGUUAAUAUAUUGGUCGGAGCCGGCCGCGGAGGUGUGGGCCCUGGGCCGGCCAGGACUGACCGCGGGGCGGCCCCGGCGGCCCUGGCCCCUGCUAUAAUAAAGUACUAAUGGACA